AUGUCGUUCGCGCCACCGCCGCCCGCCAACAGCACGUGCGGGGGCGGCGAUGGGGGCGGGGCGGGCGGGGCGGGCGCGGCGUGGGGGCUGCAGUACCUGUGGAACCGCUGCACGUGCGCGCUCAUCGCGGCGCUGCUGGUGCCGGCGAUGGCGCUGCUGCUCCCCGCCAACCUGCGCGGAGCGGACUCCGCGGUGUGCGACUACCUGGCGGCCGCCACCAUCGCGCACGUCGCGCCCGCCGCGCCCGCGCUCUGGCUGCACGCGCUCUUCGCGCUGCUGCUGCCCCCCGCCGUGCACCUCGCCAUCCGCGCCUUCCGCCGCCAGCGCGUGCGCGCCAGGGCGGUGGCGCAGGGCAGGGACGGGGACGCAGGGAGCGCAGGGGGUCCGGGAAGGGCGUGGGGUUGGGGGACAAACGGGGGGCAGGGCAGCGGAGAUGGGGAGAGUCCGCGGGAAGGGUAUGCUGCCCUGCACUGCGUUGCGCGCCAUGGCGCUGCUGAUGGCGCCAAUGGCACUGAUGGUGAUGGGAGUGCUGAUGGUGCUGAUGAUGGUGUUGAUGGCGAUGAUGACGUGGACAUGACAGCGCAUGACGUGGCAGAGUACACGAUUCUCAUUCGUGGAGUGCCUAGAGGCCUGUCAGCCUGCCCGAAGCUACUGUUGGAGUACUGGGACCGCCUGUACCCGGGGAGGGUGGCUCGGGUGCUGCAGCCGCCAGACGUGGCAGCAGCGUUGGCAGCCAGGCGACACGUGGCGGCCCUCACAGCACGCCUUGCACAGGCACACGCCAGGGCCGCCCUGCAGGGCACCGCAGGUGUGGAGACAGGUGCAGGCGCGGGGGCGCAAGCACGCGUGCAUGGAAAUGGUGGUGCUGACGUGGCGUCUGUGCACGAGCCGCUCAUCGCAUGGAGUGGCCGGCAGGGUCCAGCUGGCAUGCAGCGAUUGGAUGGGAGGAGAGGGGAGGGGAUGGGAGGAGGCGGAGGAGGGGAGCUGGAGGAGGGGGAAGAGGAUGGGGAGGGAGGGGAGCUGGGGAGAGGGGGUGGUGGCAGUGGCGCGGGCGGGCCAGCAGGGUCCGUGGCAUCCCCUCUGCUUGCGUGCCGCCGCCUGUUCCUGCCGCCGCACACUGCCCGCUCUGCACUGCACUGCCUCUGCCUGCCGCCCAUCACCGCCCUGCACUCGCUCUCCCUUUCCCUCUCGCACCUCCUCGCCCCCCUGCGCGCUCUCCUCCCCCCCACGUCCCCCGCAUGGCUGUGGAGCAUGGGGGUGCGCGACUGGGGGGAGGAGGCGCGGAGGCUGGAGGAGCAGGUGCGUCAGGCAGAGGGGGAGGCGCAGCUGCUGCGCAGGGGCAGGGGGGGCGGGGCGGGGGUGGCGCUGGUGGUGUUCCGCGAUGCCUACACGGCCACCCGGGCUUUAAGGGACGCGCUGUGGGCCUCCCCCAGGUGGCGCCUGGCCCCCCUCGCCACGGCCUCCUGGCGUGUGGAGCGAGCGCCGCCCGCGGCCAGCAUCAUCUGGCGCAACGUGGGUGGCAGCCGGGUGGCCAGGCGUGUCCGCACGUGGGUGGUGAACGUGGUGGUGGUGGCGGCGCUGUGUGCGUGGUCGUGCCCCCUCGCCCUGCUCUCUGCUGUUUCGUCUGCCGCUCACACCGCUGAUACUGCCGCCCUCUCCCACCUCAACGCCUGGCUCACAUGGGCGCGCAGCAACAGCGGCACGGCAGCAGUGGUGCUGCAGUUUCUCCCCAACGUGCUGUCAUUCACGGCCAUGUACGGCGUCAUGCCAGCAGCGCUGCAGCGCCUGGUGCUGUUUGAGGGGCACAUCACCACGUCGCGCCAGCAGGCUGCGCUGCUGCUCAAGCUCACGGCGCUCUACCUCUUCAACCUCUACGUGCUCCAGGCACUGCUGGAGGCGUUGCUGCAGGCGGCACUGCUACACGCGGAGCGCUGCUCGCUGCUCUCCCCCCACUGCCCCUCCGUGCUGCGCUGGCUCAACGCGUCGCUCAUCCCCGCCUCCUCGCUCUCCGCGCUCUGCUUCCUGCUCACCUCCGCGCUGCUCGGCGUCUCCUUUGACCUACUCGCGCCCCUCGCCUGGCUCACUCCUCGCUUGCACCGCCUGCGCCACUCCCUGCGCCGCCUCUCCCUGCGCCACAUGCUGCUCUCCGUUAGCCAAUUCUGUCAGUGCCUCUCACUGCACUGGCGCCGCACUGCAAGGGCAGGCAAUGCCGUGAGCGGGGUGGCGGCAGGUGGAGAGGGUGUGGGGGUGGGGAAUGCGAGCAGUGGAGUCGGGGUGAUGGGAGGCUGGGUGGGAGAUGUGGUGGCCAGGAGGGCGCGUAUUGGAGGAGUUGGAGCGGUGCAGAGCGGUGCUUAUGUGCCGCUGCCAGGGGAUGCUGUUGAGGGUCGUUGUGGGGAUGGUGAUGCUGAGACACGUGGCGGACAACCAUUGGACGACAUGGCUGAAGGUGGUGAUGGGGAGAGUGACAAUGAGGAGGGAGGGAGUGAGGGGGAGAGUGUGUGCAGCAGUGAGAGUGACCUUGGGUUGCUGUCCCUGCUGGAAGAGGCAGAAGCAGAGGCAGCCGUCCACUCUCACCUCCUCUCGCCUUCCUCUCACACCGCUUUCCUCUCACCCGCCUCCCCCGCCGCAAAACACAUAUCCCUCCCCCCUCACUCCACCCACCCACCCGCCGUCACGCCACUCGGCACCUUCCAUCCGCCUGCUGCUGCAUGCAUACCAGAGCCAACACCAGCAGCAGCGCAAGCAAAUGGCACAGCAGCAGCACAGCAGCCAUCAGCAUGCGCAUCCCACACACAAGAGGCACCACCAGGGGGGGGCGAGGCAGCAGCAGCAGUGGGGCCGGAGGCACAGGAGCCGUCCAGGAAGCGAAAGGGCAUGCUGCAGUUUGACUACGCGCAGUACUACGCGUACAACACCACGGCGCUCUGCCUCAUGCUCUUCCACGCGCCCCUCGCCCCCCUCAUGCUGCCCGCCGGGCUGCUCUUCUUCUCCUACCGCCUCCUCGUUGAUAAAUACAACUUCCUCUUCCUCUACCGCGCUCGACCGCACCACCACCACCACCACCACGCUGCACCGCACCCAACAGCAUCUCAACCAGUUUCUCUGCUGCCCCCCUCGGGCCCACAGCUGGUAUCGGAUGGGCGGCUGGUGAGGGCAGCAGUGGGGGUGCUGCGCUUGAGUGUGUGCGCCACCCUUGCUGCUCUUGCUGCACUACUUGCCUUCAAAGGCGACCCCGAUAGGCUGCAGGCCGUGCUGCUGGGGUCUGUAUCAAUUGUCGUUUCUGUGAUGUAUGGCGUAGAGGCGCUAGUGCGAGUGCCAGGGAGGGCACGGGUGGUGGGCGGUGCGCAUAGGCAUGGUGGUAACCAUGUGUUGCCAGAGAGAUUGGUGAAUAGGCCCACUGCUUAUGAGGUGUGCUGGCAACAAGUACUGAAUGAAGAGCCUUGA